AUGGACGACGAACUGAUCAGCAAUUUCAUCGCAAUUACGACCGCAACCACCGAAAAGGCCGAGCGGUACCUCCAGGUCUGCGACAACGAUCUUGAGCGUGCCGUGACUCUGUAUUUGGAGAACGAUGGAGCUGAUUUGGGGGGAGCUGAGCCCUCAGGGGGUUCUAGGGCCGCUGCCGACGACGACACCGACGCCGAUGCCUACGCUCGCCAGCUGCAGGAGGAGGAGUACGCCAACAAUGGAGGCGAGGUGCGAGAGGCCAUCCAGCGACGAACAGACACUCUAGUAGGAGGAGACGAUGACGACGGUUUUGGAGGCUGGCAGAACGACUACCUGCCACAACAUGCUCCAGGUGGCCCCGGAACUUACAGAGGCACGGGAUCACGGCCUGCCGGCAUAUUUAGUCAGCGACUUCGGCCUGCCGACGAAGACGAAGACGAUAUGAUCAUCAUCGACUCGGAUGACGAGGAAGAGGACGACGAUCCCUACGAGGCCAACAUUCGGCGUCAGCGCACAGCCGUUGAUACUGGUGUCCAGCCCUCACGAAUGACCGCUCACCAGAACCGCUUGGCCAAGCUGUUCCAACCACCCUUCGAUAUCAUGAAGAUCUUAGGCUUCGAAGAUGCCAGGCGGUUUGCACGAGAACAGACCAAAUGGCUGCUGGUAAGCAUCCACGACACGACAGACUUCCGGUGCCAGGUGCUGAACCGGGACUUUUGGUCCGACAAGGCCGUCAAGGACGUGGUUCGAGAAAACUUUGUGUUUGUGCAAUACGACAGCGACUCGCCCGAGGGCCAGUACUAUACAAACCUGUAUCCGUUUGACGAUUUCCCACACGUUGCGAUUCUGGACCCGCGAACGGGAGAGCAGGUCAAGGUGUGGAGCAAGGCUCUGGUGCCUGCAGACUGGAUGCAAGACGUGUACGAGUUCUUGAGUCGGUACUCGCUGGAGAAGGGCCACAAGAACCCCAUCAAGACCAAGACCACAAAGCCCGUCAGCCGCAUGACCGAGGAGGAGCAGCUGGAGUAUGCGGUGCGAAAGUCACAGGGUCACGACGUGGAUGAGGAGGUUGAGGUUGAGGUGGACGGCAAGGGUAAGGCCAAGGAGACAGAGGUGGUUGAUCUGGACGGCAAUGAGGCUGAUUCUGCUGCUACCGGAGCUCCAGAGGCUGACUCUGAUGAAGACAAGUUUUUGGCCAUCAUUCCUGACGCCCCUGAAGAACCUCCCAAUGAGCCUGAUACUACCCGAAUCCAGCUUCGACUGGCUGAUGGAUCGCGGGUGGUGCGACGAAUCCGAACCUCGGAUCCUGUGCGGGCCAUCUAUGCAUUUGUCAAGACCCUCGAAAAGGUCCAAGGCACCUAUUUUGAGCUCACCAGUGCGCGAGAGAAGCUCUUCCCCAAGCUGGACCAGACCGUGGAGGAGGCUGGACUCAAGAACGCCAGUAUUCUCGUCGAGGUUCUGGACUAG